AUGAGCGAUCAGCGACCCAUCAGGCUUGCUGUUCUUGGUGGUGAACUCACGGGUAAGACUUCGUUCACCUCCGGGCUGACGGUCAACAUAGUUCAUGAAGUUCACUACCCGACUCGGCAACAGUCGAAUUGGCUGUUUGACUAUCUACCACGUACUGCAUCUGCCAAGGCCCUUUUGGAUGGUCAAGCUCACGAGAGGAUACUACUACGUACUCAAGGCAGCCAAACACCAGAACCGUUAUUUUCGUCACCGUGUUUAUCUCCCCAUUUGAUGCUGUCACCGCUACUUUACCAGGCAUUUCUGGAUGAUUACGCAAGAGUCAAGGACCAGCAUAGGAAUCGGUCCGCAAAUCACAUCAAGCAUGUCGAGUUGAAGCGUCAAGACAAUCCAUUCUACAAGUAUUUGCCGUCACAAGAGAGCGAUUUGGAAGAGGCGAGACCGCUCAAUACUGCGACCAAUUCCGACAUCAACAUUCUGCGAUCUGCUGAACUGGGCUCUACGUCCAAACCCAAUUCAUUAGAUGUUGCACUGAAGCUUCCGGAUAAUUACAUACCACCAGAGUACACCCCGAUAGCGAUAGAUAUAAUAGACACACCGGGCUUUAAUCCAGACAUGGUAGUGCCGUUCCUUGAGGUGUCGCUCUUUUCGCGGCUGGACAAACGAGUACUGCGUGGACUGGCAGAGGAACCUAGGAUGCCGGUGUCCACGACUUCUAUGUUGGUUGCCUCUGGCGCUUCAGAGCUGAACGCUAAAAUCGACGGAUACCUCUUUGUAUACAGUGCUGUCCCAGAGCUCAGUAACGACAUCAGUCCGCCAGAUUAUGGUGACACUAAGAAGAGUGACAGUGAAGACGAGAUACAGACAACGGUGAGUGGGGACUUUUGGUCCGCAAAUUCGAAGAGGACCGAUGGUGGCUUCUCUCUACUUGAGGUCAUGAGAAAUUGUAUCCUGGAGGCCUGGACAGAGUUUGGAGACUAUAAAAAGAGGCGGGAAGAUGAUAAGGAGGGCGAUGUAUACUCAUUAGCAUACGCAUUCAAAAGUGUGUGGAAGACUGAAAAGCAAAGGCGCGCCAAGCUGGCAGAGUUGCGAAAUCCGAAUAGCAAGCUUAAAUCAUUAGACCUUGACCCUUCUUCUCCCCAUUCUCCGCCACCCUGCUUAAUAUUGUGCACGCAUGCGCAUGACCCAAUGAGUAGCCCAAGACUUAUAGAGCUGGGACAGGCGUUGGCAGCCGAAUGGCGAUGCGGCUUCGCUGCAGUCGACAGCAUGGAUGAUUACAACGUCGAUGUUGCGAUGAGCCUGAUCAUUCGAGAAGUAGUUGAAAAGAACAAGCUUUUGGGCAAGGGAAGAUCGAAGAGUUUCUCCGGAGGUGCCAGUACGCUCAAGAAGCUUAUGAGACCGUGA